GAACUUCCUGGUUGUGGCUGUAAAGCAGUCAGGCUCCGGUUUGGAUUGUCACCGAUGCCCUCAGUUGCCGCCUUGAAUCGCCCCGAGCGACUUUUAUCCAGCCACGAAGCACCAAGUCCUGGACGAUGGCGUUCAGGAGGGCUCUGAAACGGACGGCCCUCGUAGGCGGCGGGGCGGUCGCCGCGGCUUUUGGCCUCUCAGAGCUGAUCGAGUAUAGAAAGACGCAGCGUGGAUUGGCUCGGUUGGCCCACGUGGCGGCAGAAGCAGAGCUGAAGGCUCCCUUCGCCGACGAGCUCCCUUCACGGCAGGCCCAGCUCGCGACGCUGACCAACACAGAGGAGUUUGAUGUUCUGGUUGUUGGAGGAGGGGCCACAGGGGCGGGAUGUGCCUUAGACGCUGUCACACGCAACCUCAAGACUGCUCUCGUAGAGAGGAGCGACUUCUCUUCGGGUACAAGCAGCCGGAGUACCAAACUCAUCCACGGUGGAGUCCGGUAUCUCCAGAAGGCCAUUAUGAAGUUAGACUACGAACAGUACAUGAUGGUGAAAGAGGCCCUCCAUGAGCGAGCCAACCUGCUGGAGAUUGCACCUCACUUGUCUGCGCCAUUACCCAUCAUGCUUCCUGUUUACAAAUGGUGGCAGCUGCCUUACUACUGGGCAGGGAUCAAGAUGUAUGACUUGGUGGCGGGGAUCCAGUGCCUGAAGAGCAGCUACAUCCUCAGCAAGACGAAGGCCUUGGAGCUCUUCCCCAUGCUGAAGAAGGACCAGCUGGUGGGAGCCAUCGUGUACUACGACGGUCAGCACAAUGAUGCCCGUAUGAACCUUGCCAUCGCCCUCAGUGCCGCUCGCCACGGUGCCGCCAUCGCAAACUACACUGAGGUCAUUCACCUGCUAAAGAAAAAAGACCCACAGAGCGGCAAGGAGAAGGUGUGUGGUGCCCGCUGCAGGGAUGUCAUCACAGGGCAGGAGUUUGACGUGAGGGCCAAGUGUGUGAUUAACGCCACGGGGCCGUUCACAGACGCGCUGAGAAAGAUGGACAACCAGGAGGCCUCAAACAUCUGCCAGCCCAGUGCUGGUGUUCACAUCGUCAUCCCGGGUUACUACAGUCCUGAUAACAUGGGCCUGCUCGAUCCCGCCACCAGCGACGGUCGUGUCAUCUUCUUCCUGCCAUGGGAGAACAUGACCAUCGCCGGAACAACCGAUACCCCCACCAGCGUGACUGCCCACCCAAUCCCAGGGGAGGACGAUAUCAACUUCAUCCUGAGGGAGGUCCGCAACUAUCUCAGCCCUGAUGUAGAAGUGCGCCGAGGUGACGUGUUGGCAGCGUGGAGUGGCAUUCGCCCCCUUGUGACGGACCCCAACUCCAAAGACACGCAGUCUAUCUGCAGGAACCACAUCGUCAGCGUCAGUGACAGCGGGCUGGUCACCAUCGCUGGUGGGAAAUGGACCACCUACAGGGCUAUGGCUGAAGAGACUCUGGACGCCACCAUUAAAUCACAUGGCCUCCCAGCUGGCUCCUGCAAGACUGUUGGCCUGAUGUUGGAGGGAGCUAAAGGAUGGACGCCAACCCUCUACAUCCGCCUGGUGCAGGACUACGGCCUGGAGAAAGAGGUCGCCCAACACCUGGCCUCCACGUACGGGGGAAAGGCAUUUGAUGUUGCCAAAAUGGCUCAGGUCACCGGGCAGAGAUGGCCGAUCGUCGGGAAAAGAUUGGUGUCUGAAUUCCCGUACAUCGAGAGCGAGGUGCUGUAUGCGAUUAAGGAAUACGCCUGCACCGCCAUUGAUGUCAUCGCCCGGCGAACUCGCCUGGGCUUCCUAAACGUUCAGGCGGCUGAUGAGGCGCUCCCGCGUAUCGUCCAGAUCAUGGGCAAAGAGCUGGACUGGAGUCAGGAGAAGAGGACGGCGGAGCUCGAAGCAGCGAGGAAGUUUCUGUACCAAGAGAUGGGCUACAGGUCUCGCUCUGAGCAGAUCACCAAGACAUCUGAGAUCAAUCUGGACAACCAUGAAGUAGCCAGGUACAAGAAGCGUUUCCAUAAGUUUGACAAAGAGAGUAAAGGAUUCAUCACCACUGUUGAUGUCCAGCGAGUUUUACAGAGCAUCAAUGUGGACAUUGAUGAAAACGCGCUCCAUGAAAUCCUUAAUGAGGUGGACCUCAACAAGAACGGACAAGUCGAAAUUGAUGAAUUCCUGCAGCUGAUGAGCGCCGUGAAGAAGGGACACGUGUCGGACAGCCGCCUGGCCAUUCUGAUGAAAACUGCCGAGGAGACUCUGGAUAAGAGGGAGCCGGUGUCGGUGGACCGGAGCGGGGGCGGAGUCUGAAAAAAAAAAAAAACACCCUUCAGCUUAUGCUUCUCUUUAAAGGUGGUGAUGACAAAAUCAAUAAAUAAUGGAGCUAUUUGAAUGACAAUAUUGCAAUCAAACAUGCAGUCGGAUGAAUUUGGCCAAAUCGAGCACUCUUCUGUGUGUUUUGGGUGAAAUGGCAUCUAAUGAUUGAGGUUGAGAUGUGUGUGUUUCUGUUUCAUCUGUUUUGUCCCAAGUCUUAAUAUCUGGUGCCUCCAACAGCACAUGCAACAUUUUAUACUCCUUUUUUUUUUUUUUUUUACUCAGCACUUUUGAUACUUUGACGUUCUCCGUGUCGAGCUCUCCUCUGUAACAAUAACACUGAUCGUUGUGUAAUUACCAUCUUCAGGUGGAAUGUGAGAUUUUGUGCUUUACUUCACACAUUCGUGAUUUCUCGGUAACUGUGAAGUUUCCUAGAAAAAAAAAACAAAAAACUGCAAUUUGGUUUGAAUUUUUGAAAACUGAGAGCUUCCUGGAAAUAGUCGACCUCUUUUAUAACAAGGAAGAUUAAUAAGCAUAUGACGGGUUUUAGCAGCUGCUUGAGGAAGAUAUUUUUAAGUUUUAAGGGCGCCUGUUUUAGAUGUUUGUUUACUUAUUGUGUGUUGACUUGUAUAUGACUAAAAGGUUGAUAAGAAAGCAGAAUACAAAAAAAAAAGUGCCAAUUUAGCCAGAAGAGACAGAUACAUGAGGCUGAAGAUGAAGAAAACAGACAGUUAGUCAUUGUAGUGGCUACUUUACCCUGUUUUAAAUGCUGCCAGACACCUUCAAUUGCUGAGUGCUUGUUUGUCUGUUUCCAAAGGUACGGCUCAGCGGAGGCACAAUGUCCAUAUUAGUUAAUAAGAUUAAAAUAAGAAUAACGUUAUUGAUCCCAGAGGGAAAUUCAUAUGUCUGACAUAGCUCAUGUAUUUGUAUGAGAAUUGAAAAGCCUAACAGAUUGUGUUAUAUUUGUGUAAAACCUCAAAUUAAAAAGGUUUUUGUUUA